ACGCACAGAGAAGCAGAUGCUCCUUGGCCAGCUAACCACUCUUCUGUGCCUGCUUAGCGGGGCCCUGCCUACAGGCUCAGGGAGGCCUGAACCCCAGGCUAUCAGACCUCAGUCCUGGGCUGCAGCCAAUCAGACCUGGGCUCUGGGCCCAGGGGCCCCGCCCCCACUGGUGCCAGCUCCUGCUCUUAGGAGCUGGAAGGCCUUCUUGGGCCUGCAGAAAGCCAGGCAGCUGGGGAUGGGUAGGCUGCAGCGUGGGCAGGACGAGGUGGCUGCUGUGACUCUGCCACUGAACCCUCAGGAAGUGACCCAGGGGAUGUGUAAGGCUGUGCCCUUUGUUCAGGUGUUCUCCCGGCCCGGCUGCUCAGCCACGCGCCUCCGAAAUCGCUUCUGCUUUGGUCAUUGCUCCUCUCUCUACAUCCCUGGCUCGGACCCCACCCCACUAGUCCUGUGCAACAGCUGUAUGCCUGCUCGCAAACAUUCGGCACCUGUGGUGCUGUGGUGUCACACUGGCAGCUCAGCCUCCCGUCGACGGGUGAAGAUAACCACCGUGCUGAUUGAGGGGUGUCAUUGCAGCCCGAAAGCAUGAACUGAGCAUCGUGGAUAGCUGCACGGAGACACGCACCUUGGAGAGAUGAGGGGAGACGGACCAAGAAAGACGUGGACCUGGAUGAUGUACUCUGGGUCAAGAGACCAGGGAUGCAGGGUUAGGCAGACAGGUCCCCAGAG